AUGUCAGCAUCGAUACUACUGAAAACACCGGACUCGAUUAAGCGGAUGCAGCUGUUUAUGUUUUUCAGCUACGCAGCUGUGGUGGAGAAGAGGCUGAUGGAGAGAAAGUCGAAGGAGGAGAAACUAAAAAGCAAUUUGGUGGCAAUGAAGAGGUCGAUGAGAAGAAGUAUCAUUGAUGAGAACCUGAACAUAUGGAAAGACGCUCAGGUCAUUCAGGGACGUUAUGAAGCCAUUAACAACCUUGACACGGCCAUCGAAAACCAUGACAAGACCAUUGAGAGCCUUGAUCUAGCCGUUAAGAACCUUAACAAGGUUACAGCGAAAGUGUUGCGUGUAUUCAGGGUAAAUCUAGAGGCCAAGGCUCCAUCGGCGUACAAUUUGAAGACGAUACGUAGGGGUGCACUUAACCUACAUGAAGUUAUAGCCACUUUGGUCGACGCAGGUUGGACACCAGCGCUUGCGACAUUGUCAGUUAUGAGCCGUAGUCCGCCCCAUUAUGCGCGUUACAGUGCAAUAAGCUCGAAAUGCGCGGGACCAAUUGCCAAAGGUUUAACGCGCAAGGGCCCCGCAGAUCUUCCUCUCGGAUGCAGCGACAACGGUGGCAGCGACAUAGAUAUAUGCGUUGCAGGGGAGCUCACCAAGCUGGACCCUUCGCUAUGGACAUCCGCCACCACAUAA